CGCAGAGAGCUGUAUGUGUGUGUGCGUGUCGGUUGGUGUGUGUGUGUGUGUGUGUGUGGCUGGAUCAGUGCAUCAUUCCCAUCACAAAAAGAGAGUUAAAUGUCUGUUUUCGUGCAGUUUUACCAGACAAAACACUAAAUAUUAUACUUUAUAAUUAAAAUACAUAUCACCUUAAUAUCCAGAUGUUUGUAGGAAUAUGUAGGUGUGUGUGUGUGUGUCUCCAGUGCCGCAGCAUGUAUAUCUUAAUGUGUGAGUGUGUACAUGUGCAGGCCUGCAGCUGUGUGCUUGUGUUUAUUUGUGUACUUAGACACAUGUAAAUGUGUGUGUAGUUAAUAUAUAUAUAUGUGUGUGUGUGUUGUUUGCGUGGUUCACAGUAUUAACACCUGGAUGGUUGUUUUCUGGUCCGAUCCAAAAGCUGAUUUUGCUGCUUUUCUCUACUUAUUUUAUUUUUGGGUUUCACACCGCGGACUAAUUAACAGCCAAUUAGUGCUCGUGAACAAACGUCACAUGACUCACUGGAAGUUUAACGAGCUCAGAAACGAGUCAGCGGCCCCUCAGCUAGUAACGUGGUGCCUUGUUCUGUCCUGCUCUGCUCUCUCACCUCACCAUGACCCUCUGGUUACCUUCAUGAUGAUUAUGAUGAUGAUAAUGGUGAUGAUGAUGAUGGUGAUGAUGAUGAUGUGUUUACCUGGAUUUGCUUCUGGCUGUCUGUGUUUAAUUGCCCCACAUGGGAACAUAUGUUUUUAAAAAUAAUUGUUCUUCCUCAUCCACGUGGACACAACUCAAGAUAAAAACGAAUUGAUCUUUGCGUGUGUGUGUGUGUGUAUAUAUAUGUGUGUGUGUGUGUGUGCGCGUGUGUGCCCUCUGAUAUUCUGACAUGUUUGGUCGUGUCUGUAGUAAUAACAAUAAUCCCACAUGGCCUGAUGAACGUGUUCCUGUGUCAGCGUGUUAAUAAAUGCUGAGGCUGAAAACAGAUUUAACGCUGAUAUUAAACCUGGAGGGUCACAGACGGUUCUCUGUCGUAAACAGAUCUAUUUGUUCAUAUUUAACGAUGUAUAACGAUUUGCAAAAUUAUCUUAUUGAGAUUGUUUUGACUGAUAUUUGAGGGAUUGAUCAUUUUUACAUCAAUAUUCUCAUUUUUAAUGAUUUUAAAAACAUAUAAACGCGAUCAUGGUGUUAUUUUUGUGUGAAUCUGAACCGAACUUCUCUUAGAUCUGUAGAACACGAUGUGUAGCUCGGGACGUCGCAAGAUUCAAUUUAAAAAGGUAUUUUGAAAAAUAUUGCAUCUCAAUCUCAAAUUGAAAACUGCAGCGGGCCAUAUUGAGAUUUCGAUAGAAUUUAGAAUAAUUGUUCUUGUGUCCCUUUUGAAUUGAUAAUGGUUUAUAGAUUUUGGACUAAAAUUAGCUCAUUCUUAUUUUAUUUUAUUUUUUUAUCGCUCUGUAUCCGGUGUUUAAAUCCACACAAACUGCCUUGUUUUCCCAUUAAAAAUACUCUUUUUAGCGUCUUUUUCCAAACAUAAAAACACUAUAUGGCCAAAAGUGUACUGGAGGUUCCUUAGUUCAAGUUAAGGGAACCCCUCAAUGCUGCAGCGUAUAGUAAUAUUUCAGACAGUUAUUCCUCCAGCUGUGUGUAGCGUCUGUCCUCGUAUAGCUCUCCACCUGUGGACAUCCUGUCUACUGAGUUCUAACCUGCUGCAGAGCCAACGACCUCAUAUAAACUAGUCUUCCUGUGGAGCACCUCAGGUCAUGUUGUUGUAUGAAAUCCAACGAUAAUAUUGAAUUAGAUCUGAUGCUCUGCAGUGUGAGACGCGUUCUCACCCGAUUGUGUUUCACGCGUCCUGGAUUCCUCCUCUGGAGUUCACAUGAAGUCACUCUCGUUCUCUGCUGGUCCCGUUUGAGAUGAAGUCCAAGACUAGUGGUGUUGGUUAUUAUUAAAGUGAAACCACAAGUCUUCUGUGGCUCUGGAGGAGCUUCGUCAAGUCUGAUGAAGUCACAGUGAAGUCAUCAUGUUCUCUAAAUACACAGAGAGUCUGUGUUACAAACACUGUGGAAGAUGCUACUGAGUGCAUUAUGGGAAAUGUAGUAUCCUGGGUUUUUAGGUGCUGGACCUGGAUAUAAAAUCAGUAUUUCUUGUAGAAUGUAGUUUUUUAGCGAGGAACUUGAAUGACUACGGUCGUUUUAAGAUGUUUUUACAGCAAUAUAAAAUAGAUAUUACAGAGGGAAUUAUGACCUGUUUAACUAUUUCAUGUUUUUAAUACACUGUUAUUGAAUCAAUACUCGGUGGUACACAAGUUCAGGUCUUGCAAUCUGUAUCGGUCGGGAAGAAAUGGAGCAGAGAUGUGAGAACUUGUUGACAGCCAACGACUCUCUAAAGGAAAUGAAUGGAUGUCUGCAGACUUGUUGAUAGCGUGUUGAUUCUCUGAGGAAGUAUUUUAUCAAAGCGUCAACAUUGAGACAUCUUUUCAACAAACAACUGGAGCAUUUUAUUCAUCAACAAUUAGAUAUGGUGCACAAUUACACUCCUGCCCAAGUGUUAUGGGCAGGAGAACAAAUAUGCAGAUUUUCUUCUUCCUCGAGCAGUUAUUGUACCGUCGCUCUUUGCUCCCACUCGGUCCCCGAAGCCCCCCCCCCCCCCCCCCACAGAUGAUCUGGUGCUGAUCUGAGUCAGGCUGUCUGAACGGCAACUGAGUCCAAAGGGGAUCAAGCUGAGAGGCUUAAGUCUAGAAAAGGGCAGAAAAAGGUCAGGAAGCAAGGCGAGGAAGGAGACACAAGGCUGGAAAGCUUCAGCUUACGUAGCACAAUAGACAAUUUGGCAGAGAACAAUGGCUCGAGGGGAGGUGUGUUUACAGUGGGGACACACUGGGGACCACUACAGGACACGGAGGGACACGGAGGGACACGGUGUUAGCGACUCGCUACAGAGCAAGAAAGAUGUCUUCACAUUUAGCUUUCUCUGUUCUUAGCUUUCUCUCUGUUGUUGCUUCUCCGACACACAGGACGCUGGUUAGUGAGCUCAAAUUGUUCACUGAUUUUGCACCAUAAAGUGUCGGUUGGUUCUGAAGACUACAAGUUUUAAAAUAAAGAAAACAUCUGGAGGAGCUACAUAGAAGUGAGCUUACCAGACUUCUGUUCUAGAGCUGUACCCAAUGUCCUGUUGUUUGGCUUCAUCAUGUUUUAUGACCUUAAUCAACCUAAAAGAAAAAGAAGCCAGAGCCUCACUAUGAACUAAGUGAUCCAUCAGAUUAAAUGAGUUGGACUUUCUUUGAUGGAUGUUGCUUGUGAGUCCUGCUUCCCUUUGUUUUUAAAGGCUAAACGACAACAAAUAUGGAUUGAAGCAGAAGCAGACUUUUGGAAAUGAUAACAUUAAUCUCUUUUCAAUACAUAUUGACUGUUGGACUUUAAAACGCUCUGGAGUUAUUGGAAGUGUUUGGAUCCCAUGAGUCUGAAGCAAUCGUACGCAGCCACCACUGGAAUCUAACUCUACAAGUAGCAUAAUGCUAACAAUGUUAGCGUCACCUUUAUCUGUAGAGGUGCAGAAAUACCCGUUUUAACACAUUGAAUGGAGGUGCUGCGGUACAGCCUAUAGUCUGUAGCAUAGCACACCUGACUGUCGGAGGUCAAGAUGUAUUCUGGGUAAUGUAGGCGCCAGAGUUUUUUUGAAGGGGAAUGAGAGGAUUUAGGUCUAAACACUGUAUGGACUAUAGACAAACAGAAAUCUGAAACAGAUCUUGUUUAUUUCUCAUUUUCAUGUACAAAAAGUUGCAUAAUAUUUUAACAUUAAAGGAGUUUAUGAACAUUAACCUAGCAGCUAACAACUGUUAUCUUUGUAAAGAUGUAGUGGAGCAAUGGUAAACACCGUUAGCUCUGUCACCACUUUUCACAGUAGUUUCCACUGUUAGCACCGUUAGCUAGCAGCCUCCUGCUCUGCGUCGCCAUGUUGAGAGCCGUUGAGAGGCAAUCAAAAUGCUCCCAAUCUCAGAUCUUACACCUUUAAUAUAGACAUCAUAGUUUAUGUGGCUAAACCGAUACCAGAUAGAUUCACGUUGUUUUUUUCAAGUUGUGAAAUUAGUUUUUUCUCAACAGAUAACAGAAGCAGCACUGGAAGUAGCUAAAUGCAGAUAGACAACAUUCAUUUGUGUACAAAAUAGGAUUAUUUAUAAUCUGACAGAAAUACCUCACAAGAGAGAAAGAAACAGCCUUUGAAGCGGAUAAAAUGAAACGGUGAAGCUCGGUUUGAUAACUGAUUCUGAAGGAUGCCGUCGCUCUAAUCAAUAAAGAAAUGCAGAACAAUAACAAUAAAAACAACAAACAGCGAGAGGCUGCUUCAUGUCUCUCUUCAGCCUGGAUGGUUGUCAGGUUGCCUCUCCCAUGCGAUCUCCCAGUUGGCUGCCGUUGACACGAAACAGCGUUUUUAAAUGCCAGGACCUCGGAGGAGGACCUGAAUGGCUCUGCCGGGAUAAUGGCCGGAGAUAAAUCCAGCGGCUGUGAGAGGCAGCUCAGACCGGCUCCACAGGGUGUGAAUGGGAAGCUUCUUCUUGUCUCUGUCCGUUGCUGGGAAACUCCGUCGUGAGGUUUCAUUUCCCAGAGCAGCAGGAACAGAGCGCGUGUCUGUAAAUGGAAAACAUAAAAGGGUCAGGUGGCUUGUUUCAAGUUGCUCUUCAGGUAAACCAGAUGUUCUUCCACCUGCCUUGUGUUCUUCUUUAUUUACUGAAAAGUAUGAGCGUCCAUAUUGUACAUCCAGACGAGUUAUCGAGCUUUAAACAUUGAUUUAAAACAGUAAACAGCAUCAGAAUGUCUGCUUGUUUCAUGUUCGGUUGUCAGAGUCGAUAUUCCAACAACGGACUCGAGUUCUAUCAGGACCGGUUCAGAGCAACAGGUGUUUCAGUUAAAUGAGUGACCGUGUUAACUGGUGACUCUCAGCCGAAUUCAUUCAAUGGUUGGUAGAUUAUAAACACAUAUUUAAAACUGGUUGAAGGUUUUUCACAACGAGCAACCUCGACUCAUUCUGCUGAGUCACCAGUUAACACGGUCACUGGUGAAACUGAAACACCAGCAGCGUCUACAGCUUCAAGCUGUUAACCGUGUUGACUACCACUGGACUGUGUCUUAAAGCUGAAUCAAGUGAAAGCUCUGAGUGUCUUCAUGGUGUCUGACGUUCUGUUCAUGAACACAGAGAACAGAGUUGAUCAUCUAGUGACUUGUAGCUCCUGAUGUCUCUCUGGUGGAACGUUACACACAUACAUAUUUAUAUCUGGACACUAAAUACUGGACCACCAGCUGAUGUCUUCUACUCCCUGAUCUCUUUGUUUAGGUUGAGUUCUCCAUCUUUGCUGGUUAAAGUUCUCACAUAGCUCCUCAAGCUGUUGCACACAGAUGAUAUCUGGUCACCUGGCAAAGUUAACCACUGAUGUAUUCUCUGUGGGUGCUAAUAUUUCCCUCCUUUAGUGAACCAGGGAAGUCCCUGUGGGUGUCACUGCCUCAUCUUUAGCUUUCAUUUUCUGUCUGACGGUGCUGAAGUGUCUGAACACCGCAGCGUUGCUGUUGUUGCAUCACUUCCAGGUUUCACUUCACCUUUGACGGACCUGCUGGACUGACUGCUCUAGUUUCUGGAAACCCCUUCUUUCCUCGGCACAAGUUAAUUUUUUCUAGUUUUGCUCCUCGCGUUAUUGACUCAGCUGGUAAAGCAAAUAUGCUCGAGCAGAGCGGCGGUGGGGGGGUCCAUCCAAUCUGUGUUGAGGGGAGUGGGAGCUCCGGGGGCCCGGUCAUGGGUUUGUAGGACUAUUUGGAUCCUGAGAUCUCUGCAACGGUUCUGAGGGGAGUCGUGAUGUUGUGCUGGAGCCGGUGGAGCUGUGGACUGCUGCUCAGGACAGGCGUCUGCUGGGACGGGGACGACUGUUACGGGACAGUCAGGAGGGCGGGCAGACAGAGCUCGACGCAGGAGAUCGGCGAGGAGGCCGAGGAGGACGCCGUCUUCACCAUCACGCUGAGGAAGGUGCAGCUCCACCAGUCGGCCAGCAAAGGGCAGCGGUGGCUGGGCGUGGAGACUGACUCGGCCCUGAGCCUCUACGAGACCUGCAAGGUGCGCACCAUCAAGGCCGGCACGCUGGAGAGGCUGGUGGAGUACAUGGUGUCGGCCUUCAGGGGCAAGGACUCCACCUACGUCACCAUCUUCCUCUGCACCUACCGCUCCUUCGCCACCACCAGGCAGGUGCUGGACCUGCUGCUCAACAGGUAUGCUAAGCUCCUCAACGUCCCUGCAGCCACCGCUCACAGAGUGUCCAUGGACGACUGCACCGAGCUGAGGAGCACUGUGUCGUCCAUCCUGGGCGCGUGGCUGGACCAGUACUCCGAGGACUUCUGGAGCCCUCCGAGCUACGACUGCCUGCACCAGCUCAUGUCCUACCUCCACCGCCACUUCCCCGGCUCGGACCUGGAGCGCCGCGCCCGCAACCUGCUGGCCCACUUCCACCGCCGGCAGCAGUGUGAGCCCGAUCCCGACGGUAUGAAGGCAGGACAGGAGAGGGACACCAGCAGGGCAGGGACUCCAGGAAAAGGGGGCGAACACAUCGGCUGCCCUUUCGCUACGCAGGAAGAGAGCGGCUUUGAGGACGAGCUUCCUGCUUUCAGCUUCCUGUCGUUUGACCCCAUCAUGGUGGCGGAGCAGUUCACGCUCAUGGACGCGGACCUGUUUAAGAAGGUGGUGUCCUACCACUGCCUGGGGGGGAUCUGGUCUCAGCGGGACAAGAAGGGGAAGGAGCACCUGGCCCCCACCAUCAGAGCCACCGUGGCCCAGUUCAACUCCGUCACCAACUGCGUCAUCACCACCUGCCUGAGCAACCCGACGCUGAAGCCCAACCAGAGAGCCAGGCUGCUGGAGCGCUGGAUCGACGUGGCCCGGGAGUGUCGGAUCUUGAAGAACUUCUCGUCGUUGCGAGCCAUCCUCUCUGCCCUGCAGUGCAACGCCAUCCACCGCCUGAAGAGGACCUGGGAGGAAGUGUGCCGGGAGAGUUUCCGAACCUUCCGUGAGCUGUCGGAGAUCUUCUCAGACGACAACAACUACUCCCUCAGCCGAGAGCUGCUGGUGAAGGAGGGAACCUCCAAGUUCGCCACUUUGGAAAUCAACCCCAAACGAGCUCAGAGGAGACACCAGCAGCAGAGAGACCUGGGAGUGAUGCAGGGCACGAUCCCGUACCUGGGAACCUUCCUGACGGACCUGGUGAUGAUGGACACGGCCAUGAAGGACUACACUGAGGGCGGUCUGAUCAACUUCGAGAAGAGAAGAAAGGAGUUCGAGGUGAUCGCUCAGAUCAAGCUGCUCCAGUUGGCCUCCAACAACUACAGCUUCACUCAGGACAGUCACUUCAGGGAGUGGUUCGCAGGCGUGGAGAAACUCAGCGAGGCCGAGAGCUACAACCUGUCCUGUGAGAUCGAGCCUCUGUCGGAGUCGGCCAGCAACACGCUCAGAGCCAAGAAGAACGGCGGCAUCAUGAAGCGCUGGAGCGACCGACAGUUGACGGAGGCCGGCUGCAGCGGCGCCCCCGGCUCUCACUCCAAGUCCUUCGACCACUCACACUACAGACCGUACCAAGGUGGCGGCGGCGGGGGAGGUGGGGGGGGUGGUGGUGGCGGGGGGGACAGCGGCGAUGCCCUCAGCGUCACCUCCGUCAGCUCCAGUGGGUCGGACCUGGAGGACGUGAACGCCAGCUUCCUGUCCGACUCUCCAGAGGGACACGAGAGGAAGACAUCGACUCCUUCAGUGAAGCUCACCGUCUCUGCUUUGGGGAGAGAAGCUCCGGCAGCCGAUACGACGUCAACGUUCUGGGAGUGCACGUCUCUGUCCUCCCUGGACACCUCCGGCUCGGCGUCGGGCUCCAGCAGCGCGUCCUCGUCCUCCGUCUCGUCCUCCACGCCGCUGUCCGCCUCCCGCUCGCACAAGCGCUCGGUGUCGGCGGUGUCGAACUACUCGACGCUGUCGCUGCCGCUGUACAACCAGCAGGUGGACGACUGCUGCAUCAUCAGGGUCAGUCUGGACGUGGAGAACGGGAACAUGUACAAGAGCAUCCUGGUGACGAGUCAGGACAAGACACCGGCCGUCAUCAGGAAGGCGAUGAUCAAACACAACCUGGAGCGAGAGAAGACCGACGAGUACGAGCUGAUGCAGAAGAUCUCAGAGGACAAAGAGCUUCGGAUCCCGGACAACGCCAACGUUUUCUACGCCAUGAACUCCACUGCCAACUACGACUUCGUGCUGAAGAGGCGCGGCUCGGCGCGGCCGAUGCGCGCCAAGAACGUAGCCAGUUCCACGCUGCCCCGCAUGAAACAGAAGGGACUGAAGAUCGCCAAAGGGAUUUUCUGA